UCUAUCUACACAUAUACACCAUGGGAAAGUCCAUCCGCUCAAAGAGCAAGAUCCGCAACCGCAACAUUCUGCGCGAGACCGUGUUUGGACCGGCCGAGGCCGAGCGCAUCAAGCGGCUGGCGGAGAAGCAGAAGAAGCAGAAGCAGCAGGAGACACAACAGGCUGGCACCGAGGCAGACGACAGCAUGGCUGUUGACGGCAGCGAGGCCGCGCAGACAGAGUCAUCAAUGCGCAAGAAGCGCGGCAAGUCGCAGAAGCGUGGCAUCAAGAAGAUUACAGUGCGCAACAAGAAGGGCCGGAUCAUGUCAAAGAACGUGGUCAAGUGGACCAAGCAGAGCCGGUUCAAGAAAUAG